CUUCCUCGCCUCAGCCGUAACCCUACCACCUUGGCCUCGUUUUAGAACUACUACGUAUAUCAGUUAGAAUAACGUCUACAUCUUUAUUCUCCGCAAAACCUUUCCUUUCUGCCUGGUGAGAUUGAGCAUAUUUGUUCCAAACGGCAUCCGGGGUGGGUAUUUGAUGCCCAACGCAUCAUUUUCGAGAAAGAAAGCAGCCUUUUCGGCCGGCUUGAAUGCGCCAUCCAUGCCAUAUAGGGCUUCGAAAAGAAUAACAGCUGCGAGUUAAUGAAGUCGCAACGCUGCUUAUCCCGUCACAUUUGAUCAUUCUUCUCGAAGGAGAUGUCGAUCGAUAAAUUUUACCCAUACAAUGCCCAAACUUGAGCCUAUCAGCCUGACGGUGCAUGUUCCUUAUACCCGUCGCUUCCCAACAUUAUUUGACUCGAUAACUACCCUGAAAAGGCGCCUCAACGAGCACUUUGGACUCGAAGGAGCCGUGCCCUUACCGCAUGUUAAUCCAGGUAUGAUAGCGAUAGCCGCUGGGUUACAAUAAACUGGGUUUCUAGGGUCUAUACUGAGAAAGUGUCCGCCGUAUUUAUCGUUGAGGGUAAGUCGCGUGUUGCUUGAGAAUGGGCACAGUUCAAUAGGUGCUGACGAGAAAGCUAUCCAGGGAGCCUCCGUGGCAAGAAAAAGGUCGUCUCAACUCACAUUCUAUACCGUGAAUAUGUCAAGCCUUGGGUUCAGCUUGGAAUGAUGAUGUUCGCAUGCUUACCAAAGUGAUGCGCACGAUGUAUGAGAGACGGCAAAGCGCUUUCCAAAUGUGACACAGACGAAGUUACACGUACAUGUGGGAUAAUAAAACUUGUCUCCGUUCGAUUGGCAGGUGGUGAAAAGAGCUGCAUCUGCAGUUGGAAACUUCCAAAUGGUUAUGCAUGUGUGAUUCUCGAUCUCUGAGAGGUGUCCUCAGGGAUUAUAUCAGGUUUGAACCACGCCCGUGGUGGUUCUCCUUCAAACACGGGAACGGAACUUGGUCCAGGUAUGUAUAUUGAACAUAGGCAGGCUCUGCCGUAUUGAACUCCACAGAGCAGAGGACGGCCGGCCUACGGAUGGACGUGAGCACCCCUUGUAGCAAGCAUCUGUCCUCAAUCACCUGUAACAGCGUCGACGAUCCAGAACAAAAAGUCCAACAGAAGAGAGCUGCCACAUAUAUGUGCUCCAUAUUAUAUGAUAUAACUGUCUACAGACAGAGGGUAUCAUGUUUGACAUCCAAAAAAGAUGCGUUCCUCUGGUCAAGCGGAGGAGAAAAAAAGAAGCGACACCGCAGGGAUUCGAACCCUGGCUCCCGAAGGAAUUGCAUGGCUAUGUAUGCAGAGAACUGUAUAGCGGUAGCAGUGCAACGUAUUAACCACUCUACCACAGUGCCUCGGUCAACGCCCGCGUUUCCUGCUUUGCGGCCAGACAAUCGCAGUGUUUUGUUUCCGUUUGUGGAUUUGGACACGCAGAAUAAAGAGGUCAUGUGAUUAAAGACUAUUCUAGUCACGUGCCAUAUCGAGCCCUCGUGCGAAGGCCCGGAAAGACAUAAUAUUAUUUUGACGACGACGACAAGACGCAUAACAGAGCAGCCAGCGAACUCUGCUCAGUAGCCUUAUUGAGUACCUGAUGGACGAGAAAUGCUGGAACUUCUUAGACUAGCUAAACAGAUAACUAUCUUCCAUGAUAAUCAAAGUAUACCAUCUAGCCAUCCACUUAGUCAAGAACAUAUAUCUUCCACUUACAGACCAGCAGCCUGCACCAACCUCAGCUCCUCCACCGUUUCAGUCCUUCUCUAUUGUCUUCCUGUGAAUGCAAUUGAAUACUGGAUGUAUUGGAAGGAUCCAUCCUUCUAUGGGAGCCGCUCCACGUGAUGGCGGCUAAUGGCAUCACUUUUAUCCGGGACCCGUGACAUCUGUGGCCGCCGGGCUGCUGACAUCAGCACAGAGGAAGAAAAAGCGACUCCAACUUUGCUUGUCCUGACGCCGACGACGACAGCAAGCCGCCGGCGCCAGACGAUGUGUCGCACUUCACCGAGCCCGGAAUCCUGCUCUACAGAGUCCUCCGUCACCUCCUGUGGCUUCUGAUUCACUGCCUUCAGUUCCACUGCACUCCUACUCCUGCCGCCCGUAGCCCCAAGCCAAAACACCCCCAAUUGGCGCCUCUCUCUGCUUCCGCCCUCCAUUCGGCCUCCCGGCAUCGUAAAUCCCUACGUCCUCCUCCCAGCGUUGAUAUCUUGAUUGUACAUCCUUCUAUACUUGCAUUACCCGCAGCUGUUGCUGUAUUGCAAAGAUACAGACCUCCAGAGGGGGGUCUGCCAGCUGCCGCGCUUACACGCUACAUCAUCUGCCGCAGACCUGCAAUCUAGCAUCGUCUUGCAGCGUGGUCAGAUAGCUAGUUGGAAGCCUGAGAAUAUAGGCAGUCCUAGCAAGAGAGCGAUAUUCCUCCUCCCUGCUACCUAGGCUAUUCUCGCUACCUUGAAAAGAUUUUUUUUUUUUUUUUUUUCUCCCUUGCUUCCUGUGUUGGCUGGAUCGAUCUAAACAGCCCAGCCUUCUCGCCUCCGUGACGUUGACGACUGACUCGACUUGCUCGGGGAAGAAGCGCUCUACUCAUCUGGUGGAAUAACAGACAACAUCCGCGCAAUGGCCUACCCUGCAGCUGCUCCAGCAUCUCCCUCGGCAGCUACUGGGCCUUCGACAGCUCGUUACAUCGACACCCCACCUCCAGGCCAAUUCCCACUUUCCAAGCGAGAUAAGCGACGCAAUGCCCUCCAAGACCGAGUGAACGAGCUGAAGGAGGCCUUCGGGAAUAACAGAGACUAUCAUUUCCGGCAGCGAGUGCAUGAGCUUCAGAAUGAGAUGGCGUUGAUCUCAAAUGCACAGGUCUAUGAGGACUGGCCCAUCAGUGACUCUCCAGAAGAUGUUGCAAAGCAAUUGACACAGUUAGCUGCCAGUGGGCAGAUAACAUCUGACACUCCAAUCUCCGGGAGAUGGUAUUCGAACUUCGUUCAGGAGAUAAAUCGGAGUAAGGAGGAGAGAGAUGCAGAGUUGGCUGUUAUGAUGGUAAGUUCCGGCACUUUUUGUGACUGGAAAGUUCUUUUCCUUUCUUUGACUGGGUGUUUUAUAAAAAGAGGUUUUCCAUUUUCUGAUGUCUUAUAGAACCGACAUCGUGACUCUUUGAACCGCAUCAAACAAGAACGAGAUUUUCGAAUCCAGCUCGCUGCCGAAGAGUACAAGCGGCUCACAGAAACCAUCCGUGAACGACUUGUCCAAUCAGUUUCCCACCGAAAAAACCGGCUUAUGCGAGAGAAAGAACAGUUGGAUGUUGCUGACACCAACGCGUUGCUUCUCCACCCUAACCAGUUCAGCAUAGCUAACCCCGGCAGUCCUGGUGGGAUCCAGGGCAAUCGAAAAACAAGACACACACGACAUAGACUUGACGCCGACGACAUCGGAGGCGGCAUCAUGAGCGAACCGAUCAAUAAACGCAAGCGCAAGGCGAUAGACGAAGAGUUCAGCGCGUCUCCAAAUCAUGACGGCCUGUCGACCCCCGCAGACCGAGCCAAGUCGAGAAUGUCCCAGCAGCAGAAUGCACCGGCGUACAAUAUCCUAUCUUUGUUCACCGAGAAAGAAUUGGCCAUGCACAGCAAUGCCGCCCACGUCGCUGCGGUCCACUUCCUCUCUGCUUCCAAGCGUGCCAAACAAGCGAACCAGAACGCAAACGGACAGUCUGUAGACAAGGACGAGGCAUCUGGUUCCGGCGAUGCAAGCAGCCAGGAAGACGCCACGCCUGGAGCAGCCGAUAUGGAGCGCUCGGCGAGCCAGAACGUCCACGCGACUCGUUCCACCCGCACUAAUGGCACAGGUGCCUUGAACCUUCUCGGAGAAUUAACGGAAAAGAACUCUACUCGCACAAAUCUUCCCUACUACAUCCUGGGUAGCUAUCAUCAGCGACCAAAUGGAUCAUCAAGCGCACCAACUCCACCCGCUCUGAUGCCGGAGGAGAUUGAAGACGACCUUGCACGUAUCGAACGACUGAGGAACACAAAGCCACCGGGUUGGAUAGAUACUCGUUUAGUCAAUAGCCUAUUGACCACUCUCAUGGGCUCGGAUGACGAGCAGCCUCCUGCUCGCAACAACAACAAUCCACCGAAAGUUGGUUCUUUGCACCCCGAUUUCCCUCCAACCAUGGACGUUCAUCUAGUCCGGGCAAAUCCUCGGAAAUCGUGAUUUUUUUGCUUUUUUUUCCCCUAUGGCUAACGGAGUACUUCACGAUCGAAUAUGGCGAGGAUAUACCAGGGAGCUUUCUUCUUCCUUUCUUUGUUCUCCCUCCCGCCACCCACCCCCUUUUUUACCUUUCUUUCUUUAUGGGCCGGCGGACACAGCUCAAGUGUUAUAGGCGUUGCACAUACAAAUCUCACCACAGGCGGAAAUCUCCUUGUUUUUGCUAUUAUUCUCCAUUUCGACUUCUGUCGCCUUUGCUCACUUUUUUCUUUUUUUGCCUUUGAUGAUGGGCAUACACAAGGGCACAGUUGGGUAGAUCAUUGGCUACAUCUGCAUGCUGUACGUGGGGUGGAUGCCAUGCCAUGCGACACAGGAGGAAGAUCACACAAUGGGCGAUUGUUUGUCGUUGAAUAUGGAACCGAUCGCUGUGGCUUUAGCCGUUCCAGAGCUGGCGUUGCGCGAGCAUUUUGUUUAGGUGAUGGGACUUUGUAUACCUUUUGACGUAAUACCCUGCAUGAAUCAAUCAAGCACAUUCUUUGUUGUUUCUCGGGUCAAUGCCUUCUUCCGAUCCUUCUUUCUCUUCCUCAUGCCCAUGCCCGCCGUGAGGAUGGUUCUGC